AUGGCUACCUCGGUCCUCUCCCCGGCCAUGUUGCCAUUACCAACCACAUCGCCUUCACCUAUGCCUGGUUCGGCAAUCUGCACAACCACAACCGCGCCUGUUCAAACAAAUGACAUCUAUACAAUCGAUGGUCUUUUGCGUGAUAGGGCGGCAGGCGAGACUGCAAAUGAGCCCAUAGUCGCAUAUCCUUCAUCUGCGACCAACUAUAUUUAUUACACGCCACAUGAGUUAAACCAACUGGUUGAGGCAGCUGCGGUAGAUUACUCUAAAGAAAUUCCUCAGCGACUUUCAUCAAGCGACCCAGUCCAAGUAGUUGGUUUACUAGGUCCGUCUGACUUUGAAUACCUGAUUACCCUGCUUGCGAUCUCGCGCCUGGGACACACUGUUCUUCUUCUUUCAACGCGCAUUGCCGAAGAUGCCUACGUCAGCCUGGUCGAUACCACGAAAUCAACCUUCAUCAUCAUAUAUCCAAGUUUCCAGACCAUGGGAGAGAAUGUUUCCAGGCGCACAGGCGCUACUCAGGUCCCAGUUAUAUCUCCCUUGGACCCAGCCACAAUCGCAGCCUCUGCUAGCCUACCAGUCGCUAACCUACAUGGUCCAACCGAAAACAAGCACAUCACCUGGGUUAUCCAUUCCAGCGGAUCGACUGGACUUCCGAAGCCAAUCUACCAAACACAUGCCGGGGCCUUGAAGAACUAUGCCAAUAACUUCGGGCUCAAGGGAUUCAUUACCCUGCCUCUCUUUCAUGCUCAUGGUAUCAGCUGUCUUUUCCGUGCAAUUCAUUCCCAGAAAUUGAUCUACAUGUAUAACGCGAGUCUACCGCUCACUGCCACAUCACUUCUUACGACAUUGAAGGAGCACCCCGAUAUUCAGGUUCUCUACGCGGUACCAUAUGCCCUGAAGCUCUUGUCGGAGUCGGAGGAGGGCUUGAAAUGCAUGGCACCACUUGAGCUUGUCAUGUUCGGUGGUUCGUCCUGCCCGAAGCCAAUCGGCGACCUGUUGGUGCAGAAUGGUGUCCGUCUUAUCUCCCACUAUGGAACCACCGAGACUGGCCAACUGAUGACUUCUUUCCGUGAGAGGUCCGACCUGGACUGGGAUUAUGUUCGCCCGGGACCAUCUUUACUGCCGUACCUACGAUGGGAGGAGCAGGAGGAUAUGGCUGGAGUCUAUGAGCUCUGUGUCUUGGAAGGUUGGCCAUCAAAGGUGGCCAGUAACCGGCCGGAUAAUUCUUAUGCGACUAAGGAUCUUUUCGAGAAACACCCAACGACGCCUAAUGCUUGGCGGUACUAUGCCCGCUUGGAUGAUACCUUGGUUCUUGAGAAUGGCGAAAAGGCCAAUCCGUUGACGAUCGAAGGUGUUGCUCGAAAGAACCACAAUGUUGCCGAAGCAAUCGCGUUUGGGAGUGCUAAGCCUCGCCUGGGUCUGUUCAUCAUUCCAUCUGAGAAGACUGCCUUCACGACAAAUGCUGAAUUGAUUGAUGCUAUUUUCCCGGAGAUCGAAAAAUGCAAUGCGGAGUCUCCUGCGUAUGCAUACAUUUCUCGAGAUAUGAUUCAUGUUCUCCCGAGAGACACUGAGUAUCGCAAAACGGACAAAGGGACUGUCAUUCGAUCUGCAUUUUACCAGCAGUUUGCGGAAAAAAUCAAUGAAACCUACUAUGCCCCAGAUAUGGAGGGUAGCUUAAUUUUGGAAGGUCAAGAGCUUAUCAGCUUCCUCCGAAACACACUUCUAGACAUCGCCCCAUCGAUUGCUACUUCCACCUUGGAGGAGGCCACUGAUGUUUUCAGUCUGGGUGUGGACAGUCUUCAGUCUAUCCGACUCCGAGGUGCCAUCUUGAAAAACCUUGAUCUUGGCGGUCAUAAGUUGGGACAGAACUUUGUCUUCGAGAACCCGUCGAUACGGGCGAUGUCUGAAGCAAUCCAAAAUUUGCGUUUGGGUCAAGAACGAAAAGAGCAAGUGCCCGUGGAAAGCAGAAUGCGAGCUUUGAUUGAUAAAUACAGCUCCAACUUUAAGAUUCACACACCUGUUCCGCGUGAUAUUGACGGGGAGUAUAUCGUGCUCACCGGAGCUACUGGAUCACUGGGUGCACAUAUUGCAGCCCAGCUGGCCCAAUCCCAGAGUGUCCGCAAGGUAUACUGUCUAGUUCGUGCCAAAUCUUCUGUCGCUGCUCGGAAGCGCGUGUCCCAAAGUCUACGCACUCGUGGAUUGUCAUUCAGUCUGCCCCCUACUGCUGAGAGAAAGAUUAUUGCUUUGCCCGCAGACCUAUCCAACUCGGACAAUUUCGGUCUUGAGGGGGAAACAUAUUCCCAGAUCAAGCGAUCAGUGACAGUGGUUAUUCACUGUGCUUGGUCUGUCAAUUUCAAUUGGGCUUUGGAGAGCUUUGAACAAAGCUGUAUUGCAGCUACUCGCAACCUUCUGGAUCUGUGCCUGAAUGCCGAAGGACCCCGGCCUGCCUCUUUUGCAUUCUGUUCGUCCGUCAGUACUAUCGCUCGUACUCCAGGUAAUUGGGCUCCAGAAGCGCUACCUGAAUCCUUGAGCUAUGCUCAAGGUAUGGGAUAUGCCCAGUCGAAGCUUGUCACGGAGCAUAUCGUCACCAGAGCUGCGGCACAGACUGGCAUGACAGCACGUGUCCUGCGCGCAGGCCAGAUUGUCGCCGAUACAGUGCACGGUAUCUGGAAUACUACUGAAGCCAUCCCAAUGAUUCUCCAGACGGCAAAAACCAUCAAGGCGCUACCGAAGCUAGAUGAUGUGCUAUCUUGGACACCGGUCGAUACCAUGGCUUCCAGCAUCAUCGAUCUCAGCCUAAGCCCCGAUGCAGCAAACGUUCUCAACGUUACCAAUCCCAACCUGAGCCACUGGUCUACACAGCUUCUGCCAUUACUCCGAGAGGCAGGACUAGAAUUCGAAGAGCUCCCACCCAAGAAAUGGCUGCAGCGUCUCCGGGAAUCGAACCAAGACCCAGAAUACAACCCACCUAUCCGGCUCCUCGAAUUCUUCGCCUCGAAGUACGACACCAAUGCACCAAAUCGUGUUCUGCUAUACGAUACCAAGAACGCACAAUCAUCAUCCCCAUCUUUGUCUACCGCAAGUAGUCUGAACAAGACCCUCGUCUCUCGUUUCCUCCAAUACUUCAUUCAAGCAUGGGCUUUCGCUUCUCCAGUCGAGCCACGGGAUAUAAUCUUCCUAAUUGGCCCAGCGGGUUGCGGCAAGACAACCGCUGCGACAGCCCUGUCACAGAAACUCCUCAUUCCAUCCAUCGAAGGUGAUACCCUCCACUCGCCUCUAGCCCGCCUGAAAAUGGACAGGGAUAUCCCGCUGGAAGAUUCUGAUCGCUGGGAUUGGUUGGCGCAUAUACGGGGCGCGGUUAUGGAUCGUUUGCUCGGUACAUCUGCACCUGCGAUUGUAGUGACUUGCUCGGCUUUACGCACUGUUUACAGGGAUGAGUUGAGGCGGUUGUCGCAGUUGUUGGAUUUCCCUGUUACGAUUACCUUUGUGAUGCUCCAUGUUGGGGAUAGGUCUGUGCUUAAGGAUCGCGUGCUUGUGCGUGAGGUGGAGGGGCAUUAUAUGAAAUCUGCUAUGGUUGAUUCGCAGGUUGAGUUGUUGGAGAUGCCUUGUGAUGAAGGGGAUGUGCUUGUACUUGAUUCUGGUGUGGGUAGGGAGAAGAUGGUGGAGAGUGUGGUGCGGACCGUGCAGGAUGUCCUGGAAUCAUGA